AUGGCAAGCUCUAUUCUUGCCCGCCUCCGCAGGAUAAGGUCUGGAAUUUUUGUGACUUAUACAAACAAUUCGGCGGGUAAUGAUUUGGCCAAAUCACCCCGUCAGGAAAAUGCGGAAUCUUCAAAUCCUCAAGAGGGGCCUACAAUCAACUCCCCUUAUCAGGAUGAAGGCCUGGAGAAAUCUAAGUCUCUUCAGAAAGAGACUAUCGCUGGGACCCCGUCUGUUCAAGAACAUAUAGCCAAUGAACCGUGCUAUCAAGAGAAGGCUAUGACUAGAGCGCCCACUCCUGAGAAGGAGGAUGUUGCCAGAAUCCCAUCUUCCCCAGAGGAGCCAGAGUCCUUCCUUGUUUCUCAAGAGGAAGUCGUGGCCACAUCCAAGUCUCCUCAAGACGAACACGAAGCUGUCACCAGAUCUCCGUCUCUCGCAGACGAAGUUAUCGUCUCCCCUUUGCCAGUCCCUAAGAGUUCAACCGGUCUGAGUCAAGCAGAAUUCGAGGACUCACAACAAGCCUCUAAAGUCCGCUUACCCUGGAAUUGGCGCGCCAACGGCAAAACAUCAGAAGAAUAUACACCUCAAAUAAAUGCUCCUGCUCAAGCAUCCUACCCGGAAAAUCCCAGACCUCAAACCGGAUCAGCGCCCAUCACACCAGCGUCCAGCUCCUCUUCAUCUUUUACAUACCCUCUUCCGCGUGAUGUUGAGCCCACGGUGGACGAGGCUGAACUUUGGUUCCACACGUUCCAGACCUAUUACUUGGAACAUGUCCCCUUUGCCAUUCCCUAUAUCCAGAAUACAUCAUCCACGCAGUUACGGCAGGACAAACCUGCUUUGUGGUUAGGGGCUCUGGCUGUUGCAUGUCCGUUUGUAUCGAAACAGUUGGGCCUAGGACGAGCUUUCAAAGAGUUGGUUGCUCGCGAGGUCAUUGUUAAUGGAGAGAGGACGACGGAUCUGUUGUUGGCUAUACUAACAUUUGGUCAUUGGGCAUUUUAUUUCCUUCCACUCGGUCCUAUACUUACCACUUUCGCUCACCUCGCCGCUGCCAUUCUGGUUGAUCUGGAAUUGGAUAAGCCCUGUCAAAGUGAAUAUAACAAACAUCCGGGCAAACAAUUGCUGCCCAAAUGGUCCGCCAAAUUUAGUAUUCCCGAAUCGAGGACCAUGGAGCAUCGCCGACUUGCUAUGGCUGCGUAUAGUUUUAGUGCAAGCUGCGCCUUCUUCCACCGCAAAGUCGAAUCCAUCCCCUGGUCAACAUACCACGAAGAGGUUUUGAAAAUCUUGGACGAAGGCAAAGAGACGCGCGCCGAUGGUUUUCAGGUUACGCACGUGAAGUUCAUGCAUAUUUUGAGCAAUAUCAACAGAUUAUACGCGCGACUGCGUGGUUGCGAAAAUGAGGCAACGACGCAGAUGAUUGUGCCGUAUAUACGGGCGCUGAAAUGCCAAUUGAAUAGCUUGAAGAAUCAGAUGCCGGAUUAUGUUGCUGAGAAUAAAGAUGUACAACUCACUACUUUCUACGUCGAAAUAGCUAUCUACGAGACCGCCCUCGUUCGCGUGCAAUACGUCCCGCUAGCCGCCGAUCACGAAUUUGAGACCAUGCAAUGUCUCAUCGCCUGCACCCAAGCGCUUCGCUCCUGGAAAGAUUUGUUCCUGACGUUAGGACCAACAAACUACAUCGGCGUUCCCAUCACGCUCUGGAAACAAUUCGGCCUCGUAAUUCACACGGUUAUGCGCCUCGCGACCCUCGAGGAUCCCGCCUGGGACGUUGAGCACGUCAAGCAGGCCAUCAAUCUUCCGGCGGUAUUUGAUGUUAUUUGCUCUAAUCUGGACUACGUCGCGAAUUUAGAACCCUGGAAAUCGAACAAUGAAGAAGAUAUUCAUCGAAGGUCGCGGAAGCAUAUGGUCGGAUUAAUGAAUUGGACAAAUGCAGUUUUUGCGGGACUACCGACGCAGCCCCCUAGUGUAGAGAAUCCGUGGCCAGGCUUGAAGUCUGAUGGACAGCAGCAGCAGGAGACCCAGCGACAGGAGCGACGGGAGCAGUCAGUGCAACAGCAACAGCAACAACAGAUGCAGACUACGCGACAGCCUGAUUCAUCGCACAUGCUCAUGAUGAACGGGCAAAAUCAAUCGACAGCAGCAGCUACAGCAGCGGUGUUGGCGCAACAAAUGCAACCCCCAUUUCCGCCAGAGAUGUUUCCGUAUUUCAAUCAGGAGCCCUGGGCGGAGGAUGUAUUCGGGUUUUGGGAUUUGUAUAAUGGGGGGAAGAUAUACGGAUAA